UGCCCUGCCCGUAGGUACCACCCCAGCCGCCAAGAUGUCCAGCAAACGGGCCAAAGCCAAGACCACCAAGAAGCGUCCCCAGCGUGCCACCUCCAAUGUCUUCGCCAUGUUCGACCAGUCGCAGAUCCAGGAGUUCAAGGAAGCCUUCAACAUGAUCGACCAGAACCGCGACGGCUUCAUCGACAAGGAGGAUCUGCACGACAUGCUGGCUUCCCUCGGGAAGAACCCCACCGACGAGUACCUGGAGGGCAUGAUGAGCGAGGCGCCGGGGCCCAUCAACUUCACCAUGUUCCUCACCAUGUUUGGGGAGAAGCUGAACGGCACCGACCCGGAGGACGUCAUCCGCAACGCCUUCGCCUGCUUCGACGAGGAGGCGUCAGGCUUCAUCCACGAGGACCACCUCCGUGAGCUGCUGACCACCAUGGGAGACAGGUUCACCGACGAGGAGGUGGACGAGAUGUACCGGGAGGCACCCAUUGACAAGAAGGGCAACUUCAACUACGUGGAGUUCACCCGCAUCCUGAAGCACGGGGCCAAGGACAAGGACGAUUAGAGCCCGGGGCCGCUCCCCUCCCCGCUCCUCCUGCGCACGCCCCUGCC